AUGUUCAAGCACUUCGAUGACUCGGACAUCGAGUCGGCUUCUACCUCCUCGAGUGGAUCUUUCGACGAAGAAGAAGCGAACGUUCGCGUAUCUCCUUCCUGGUAUGCUUACCGACACAUCAUCGAGAGCCGAGGAUAUAGGCUUGAUACAUACCACGAUGUGAAGCAAUUCUACCAACUCUACCUGGCAGACUCGGUUUCCGAGGGGCGUGCUCUCAAAGACAUGGCCGGAUAUACUCGUGCAUGUAACGGUGGCGACGACAACGCAUUAUGCAACGAUGCCGGACUGCCAGAACAUCUCUUUCGCGGAACGCGCUGCGCCGACGGCACGAAGGUGGUGCUUAAGGCAGUCCAUAUAUAUGGUCGCGAAUACGAAAUUACGAGAUAUCUUUCCAGUGCUUCUAUCCGAGGUCAUUCAAUGAACCAUUGUAUUCCGGUAUUGGAUUUCAUUGAAAAUCCAACGGAUCACGUUGUAUUCAUCGUUAUGGAGGAAUGGUCACCACUGUGGGUUGAUGAGAUACCGUGUACUAAAGACGUUCUCCUAGACACAUUGCGAAAGUGCGCUGAACACAUAGUGUUCAUGCAUGCUCAUCAAAUUGCCCACCUUGAUAUUUCCAUGCGCAAUAUCCUUACAGACGGUCGAUCGCACUAUGCGUGGAUUGAUUAUGAAACCAGUCGUCGUUUCGAUGGCAUGACUGUCCCGCGGAUACAACAUUGCCGAGCAAGUGAAGUUCCUCCAGAAAUAGAGCGUGGAGAGUGCAGCGAUCCUUUCAAAGUUGAUGUUUGGGCGCUGGGUGUGCUCAUGCUUAAGGCAUGCGAAUUGACAGGAAAUACUCCACCAGAGUUACUGGUUACCAUCAAUUCCAUGUUGCAUCACAGGUUUGAGAAACGACCAACUGCAAAGGAGAUCCUUCGAUUUCUUGAAGCUAUGGUUGCACGAAUAGGAGACAAGAAACGUAGAGAUACUUAA